CUAGAGAGGAGGAAGAAGCAGCGCUCAGCAUUUGGCUUAUUUUCAAGUGCACACCGAGGAGCGCUUCAGGCAGCCCCCGGGUCAGAACAAGCCGAUUCCGACUUUCCGAGCCAGGGCAGGGGCCAUCGUAGGCCACUGAUUGAGGGCCGGGGCGGGGCCGGCCGCACAGGCUGAGAGAUUCCGUGGCCGCGGAGCCGCGGGUUAAAAAAUGUGACCCUGGCGACCCCCGGCGCCCCCGCCUCUCUCGCACCGCUCCACCUGCACUCCGAGCACGCCGAGCAGCGGGCGGAGGCCAUGGCCAGCCCCGCGCCCUUAGUGGCCUCCAUCAGCCACCAAAUGGUAGCUCUGCAGACCCUGCAGCUACUGCAGCAGGAGUGGGGCUGGGGGGAUGGUCCGGGCACCCCUGCGAGCCCGCGGGACGCGGAUCACGUGUUGGCCGUCCCAGCCCGUCGCUCAGGCCCGCUGCGGGCUCGGCCUGGGCCGGGGCGCGAGGAGGGGCGCGGGGGUGUGGGGGGCAGGAAUGGGGGUGCCGGGGCGCGGGCCAGCUGCCCUGAAGUGGAGGUGGUGCGGGGCGCCGAGGGGGGCGCGGAGCUGCUGCCCUUUCCCCGGGACCGCGGGCCCUGCACCCUGGCCCGGAUGGCGAUGCGCAGCGCGCUGGCGCGCGUGGUGGACUCGACCUCGGAGCUGGUCAGCGUGGAGCAGACGCUGCUGGGGCCCCUCCAGCAGGAGCGUUCCUUUCCCAUCCACCUGAAGGACAGUGUUGAAUUUAGAAACAUCUGCAGUCAUUUGGCUCUACAGAUUGAAGGACAGCAGUUUGACAGAGACUUGAAUGCUGCCCACCAGUGUUUGAAGACAAUAGUCAAGAAGCUGAUUCAGUCACUUGCUAAUCUCCCUUCAGAUGUUCACGUGGUAGCCUGUGCUUCCUUGAGACAGAUUUUACAGAAUCUCCCAGACAUCUGAGUGUUAAAGACAUCGGGAUUUAAACCACAGCUAGUGCUGUUAAGAGAACUGGAUACCUUCCCUUCCUAAUUGAAUCAGCAGACAAUAGAUGUUUUUAUUUCCAAAAAAGAGAGACUUAAUGACACAUGGAAUAGUCUGACCAGUGUCAUCCGUCGCUUUCAGGAUUAUCGCACGUUAGUGAAAAUUUUUUUAAAGCAGUUAGUUCACGUUUUUUAGUAUGUUGGUUUAUUUGCUGACUUUUUGAUUGAAAUAUAUUCUACUUUGUGUAACUUAUUUGAUUACAUAUGUAUAUAUUUAUCAAUUCAUAGUAUUAGUUUUGGUUGAAUGAUACCUUAAUCUAUAUUCAUGUUAAUGUAGGCCUAUAAGGUUUAAAAUGGCUAUUUAUAUGGUUAAAGCUUGAUGGUUCUUAAAAUUA